CUCUCUCUCUCUCUCUCUCUCUCUCUCUCUCUCUCUCUCUCUCUUUUCGUCACUCUACCUCUCACUCUCUUUGUUUAUUUAUGCGAAUAAAACUGUCAAUAGUUACUUUGUUAUUAUAGAAUAAAUACCUUAUUUAUUUAACUAUUUUUUUUUUGGCCUGUUUUUUCAAACAGGGACUGCUAUUGCUGAAGAAUUAGGCACCGAUCUUGUACUACUUCAAAACAGGAUUGAAGAGAUAGAAAGAUCUUUAUUGCAGGGCGGUUCUACGCCUGAUAUCGUUUACGAUAUGCAGCAAAAGGUAGAGGAAUUUAAGCAAAAACUAGAAGGCGUCGAACAUCUUAGUUGGCUCGGUUUAUUUAAGGAUAUGUCUUCUACGAAAUUAAGGCACUUUUGGAAAAAGAAUCAGUCCAUAAAGCGAACUGACGAUCAGAAUGAAGCUGUGUAUAAGAAAUUUCUAGAACUUUGUAAAGUUCAAGCAACAGAACAAGUAAGGGAGUAUUUGAAAAAACCUACAUUCGAUAAUUGGCAAUGGGAAGAUGCGGAAAUCAUGUUCCUUUUAAGACAAAUGUAUAUUGAUCUCGGCUUUUUGCAUACUUUCAAUAUAGAGAUGUCUACCCUGCAACACUGGUUAUACGAAAUCUAUAAAAAUUAUAAUCUCGUUCCUUUUCAUAACUUCAAACAUUGUUUUAUGGUUGCUCAAAUGAUGUACGGCUUAACUUGGCUUAUAGGACUCAGGAAUUAUGUAGAAGAUAUAGACAUUCUAAUACUUAUAACAUCCGCCAUUUGCCAUGACCUUAAUCAUCCAGGAUAUAAUAACGCAUAUCAGAUAAAUGCCCGAACAGAGUUGGCUCUACGCUACAAUGAUAUCUCACCGUUGGAAAAUCAUCAUUGUGCCGUGGCCUUUGAAAUUUUAGCAAAUCCUAAUUUCAAUAUAUUCAGGAAUUUAGAUAAGGAUGUUUUUAAGAAGAUUCGGGAAGGAAUGAUUAAAUGUAUUCUGGCAACUGAUAUGGCAAAGCAUUCUGAAAUAUUGAGCAGCUUUAAGGCUGCUAUAGAGAAGGGAUUUGAUUUUUCUAGCAAGGAACAGAAAUCUUUGUUGCUUAUAAUACUCAUCAAAGUGGCCGAUAUAUCAAACGAAGCCCGUCCUAUGCAAGUUUCCGAACUUUGGGCCGAGUGUCUUCUUGAAGAGUUCUUUAUGCAGAGCGACAUGGAAAAACUUGAAGGUCUACCCGUUGCGCCAUUUAUGGAUAGAGAAAAAGUAAAUAAAUGUACCUCCCAAGUGGGAUUUAUUAAAUUUGUCCUUUUACCUUUAUUUGAGACGUUGGCAUCUCUUUUCCCAAAAAUUCAGCGCGAUAUUAUCGAACCCGUUAGGGAAGCUUUGCAGUAUUACCAAAAAGAGUCUGAUUCCUUAGAAGAGGAAAACGAAAAGAGGAAAGAUAGUAAAAAUCUGGAGAAGAUAGACGUUCAUUUAAAAAGACAAAAUAAGAAUGGACUUAAGACGAACAGUAACUCCUGAUUCUGAUUUGUUUAUUUACUGCUUCUAUAGUCCUGUUCAAUAAGUAUAAAUGAAUAUACGGUGUAUAUCU